UCUUUUUAGAGUUUCCAAUUCUACAAACAAAUUUUUUGAGAAAGUACAUUGCUUUGAACUAUAUUUUACUUUAUUAGCCAUGACCCAAGUUGUUAAAAUAGUUAAUUCUUGCGUUCUCUCCUUUACUUCAAUUUUGCAAAUUACCAAGUUUAGUUUCUUUUAAUGGAAAUUAUGAAGCUUUAAGUUGUAGUUUUACUUAUUGGAAGCUAACCAAUGUUAGUUGAAUGGUGAAAUUGCUUGCUAUUUAAUUCAACUUAGCUUUACGUUUUCUAGCUCAUAAGGUGUUUGUUUCUGGGUCCUUGAUUUCGUUUUGGAAAGGGUUUCAGUUUCAGGAGAGAGAUAACUCUUUCGAACCCUCUUGUUUUCCUUCUUUGGUUGGUUUGGUCCAUAAAAUAGCCUUCAACUUCUGAAAAUGAUUGGUUCAUUGGAUGCAUUACCGAGAUUUUUCUCUUUUUUCUUUUGUACUUUUUGUAUUUUGGGCUUUUUGAUUGCACAAAUUUUCGGUUUGAAUCCUCUAUAUUCUGUAUUAUCAUGUGGCUGUUGAUAUUGGGUCCUCAUUGUCUCUUCUUCCUCAUUUUUUAAUCAUUUUUAAAGUAUUUACAUAAUCUUUGAGACUUUAUUUGCUUGGUCUCUUGAAAUCUACUUUUGCAUAUCCUUUCUUUCAAGAUCCUUGGCCCUUUUCUCUUCUGGCAUCUUGGUGUGUAGCAAUAGUUCUUUGAGAGGAGCAAGGGGAAAUCAGUCAAGAAGUAAAUCAGCCUGUAACAGAGGAAUUGAAGGAGGAUCAGUCAAAGGAUUCCCUUGUCAGUGGGGAUUCUAUUCGCCAGCGGUUUCUUGAUUUUUAUGCUUCCCGUGGUCACAAGAUUCUUCCUAGUGCUUCUCUUGUGCCAGAUGAUCCAACAGUGCUACUGACAAUUGCAGGAAUGCUUCCCUUCAAGCCUAUAUUCCUUGGGAAGAUUCCCAGACAAGUACCUCGUGCUACUACUGCACAAAGGUGUAUACGCACAAAUGAUGUGGAGAAUGUUGGCAGAACAGCAAGGCAUCAUACAUUUUUUGAAAUGCUAGGAAAUUUCUCCUUUGGAGAUUACUUUAAGAAGGAAGCAAUCCGAUGGUCUUGGGAGCUUUCCACCAUUGAAUUUGGGUUGCCACCUGAGAGAUUAUGGAUAAGUGUGUAUGAGGAUGAUGAUGAAGCUUUUGAAAUAUGGCACAAUGAGGUGGGUGUUCCUGUUGAACGUAUAAAAAGAAUGGGUGAAGAUGAUAACUUUUGGAUGAGUGGCGCUACUGGUCCCUGUGGCCCAUGCUCAGAGAUUUAUUAUGAUUUCCAUCCUGAGAGGGGACAUGCAGAUGUGGAUCUUGGGGAUGAUACAAGAUUUAUAGAGUUCUACAAUCUGGUUUUCAUGCAAUACAAUAAAAAGGAUGAUGGAAAACUCGAGCCCUUAAAGCAAAAGAACAUAGAUACUGGCCUAGGCUUGGAGCGUAUGGCUCGCAUCCUUCAGAAGGUUCCAAACAACUAUGAGACUGACUUGAUUUAUCCAAUCAUAGAAAAGGCAUCAGAACUGGCUAAUAUCUCGUAUGCCUUGGCAGAUGAGCAAACAAAAUUGAAAUUAAAGGUUGUAGGAGAUCAUCUGCGUGCUAUAGCAUAUCUCAUUUCCGAUGGUGUUUUGCCAUCAAAUAUUGGUAGAGGUUAUGUGGUUCGACGGCUUAUCAGAAGGGUCGUUCGUGCUGGCCGGUCCCUCGGUAUAAAGGGGGAAGUAAGAAAUAAUCUUGAAGAAGCAUUUUUACCAAUAAUUGCAGAAAAAGUAAUAGAAUUAAGCACCCAUAUUGAUUCAGAUGUCAAGAUUAAGGCACCCCGUAUUCUUGAGGAGCUGAAGAAGGAAGAGCUUCAUUUUGUGCAAACUCUAGAGAGAGGAGAAACGUUACUUGAAAAGAUGUUAGCAAAUGCAUUAUCAAAUGCUCAGAAAAGUGGGACUGUGCCCUGCUUAUCUGGAAAAGAAGCAUUUCUUCUGUACGACACUUUUGGAUUUCCAGUGGAGUUAACUACAGAAAUUGCUGAAGAACAUGGCGUUACUGUAGAUAUGAAUGGUUUUGACUUUGAGAUGGAAAACCAAAGGCGUCUAUCUCGAGCUGCACAUAAUGUUGUUAAACUUGCUGUUGAAGAUGGUGCUAAUCUGACAGAAAAUAUAAAUGAAACUGAAUUUGUAGGAUAUGACACCCUUUCUGCUCAAGCAGUAGUGGAAAGCGUCAUGGUGAAUGGAAGUCCAGUGACACAGGUUUCUGAAGGAAAUGAUGUAGAGGUUUUGCUGAAUAGAACACCAUUUUAUGCUGAAUCAGGUGGUCAAAUUGGAGAUCAUGGUUUUCUAUAUGUUACCAGAGGUGAAAACAAACAGACAGCUGUUGUGGAAAUCAAGGAUGUCCAAAAAUCCCUAGGUGACAUAUUUGUUCAUAAGGGAACUAUCAGAGAGGGGGUUCUGGAAGUUGGCAGAGAGGUGGAAGCAGCUGUGGAUGUAAAACUCAGGCAGCGGGCAAAGGUUCAUCAUACGGCCACUCAUUUGUUACAAGCGGCACUUAAGAAAUUAAUUAGCCAGGAAAUAUCACAAUCUGGUUCCUUAGUGGCUUUUGAUCGUCUCAGGUUUGAUUUCAAUUAUGGCUAUGCCCUUACUGAUAGUCAGCUUGAAGAGAUUGAGCAACUGAUCAAUGGAUGGAUUGAGGCUGCAACAUUUCUUGAAACAAAAGUGAUGCCUCUUAAGGAUGCUAAAGAAGCUGGUGCCAUUGCAAUGUUUGGGGAAAAAUAUGGCGAGCAGGUAAGAGUCGUGGAAGUUCCUGGUGUAUCCAUGGAACUUUGUGGUGGGACCCAUGUCAGCAAUACUUCUGAAAUUCGUGUCUUCAAGAUAAUCUCUGAGCAAGGGAUUGCAUCAGGAGUCAGGCGUAUAGAAGCUGUUGCUGGUGAAGCGUUUAUCGAAUAUAUCAAUGGCAGAGAAUCACAAAUGAAGAAUCUAUGCUCCAUGCUCAAGGUGAAAGCUGAAGAAGUGGCGACCAGGGUAGAAAAACUCUUAGAGGAGUUACGAAUGUCAAGAAAUGAAAUUGCUAAUUUGCGUACAAAAGCAGCGGUAUAUAAAGCAUUAAUGAUUGCAAACAAGGCAUUUGAAGUAGGAACUUCACAAAAGAUAAGGGUACUAGUUGAGUCUGUGGAUGAUGCGGAUGCUGAUUCACUAAAAGCUGCCGCUGAGCAUUUAAUUGAUACACUGCAAGAUCCCGCAGCUGUAAUCUUGGGCUCCUGUCCGGAUGAAGGGAAGGUUAGUUUAGUUGCUGCUUUCAGUCCAGCAGUGGUUAAUAUGGGAAUACAGGCGGGGAAGUUUAUAGGGCCCAUAGCUAAGCUGUGUGGUGGAGGAGGUGGUGGCAGACCAAAUUUUGCUCAAGCAGGUGGGAGGAUGCCUGAGAAUCUGCCAAGCGCCCUUGAAAAGGCUCGGGAAGAUAUUGUCUCAAUUCUAUCUGAAAAAGCAAGAUGAAACACUUAAAAACUUUUGUACCUUGUCAACGUACAUUCUGAAGGCUCCAAUGCUAGGAUUCUGUGUGAAUAAGUGCCUAGGGAUAACAUAUAUAAUCCAUUUUUUUCAAAUAUAUAUACAGUGAAUAUUGCAGGGGCCGAUGAGAAUGAAUGCCCUUAUAUAUGAUGUGAGCAGGAAGGAAAAGUGUACAGUCAUCUUACAUUAUUUUUAAUGAUGAAUGUCAUAAUCAAAAUUCUAAGUAUUUCAUAGAAGAAUAGGGUUCCUUCAACUAAAUUAAAGAUAGUUUAGUUAAUGCUAGGGUAAGUGAUAGCUGCAUUAUCGUUGACAUUCAUAGGCAGUCACCACCCCCCCCCCCUUUUUUUGCGUUCUUUUCAUUUUUUAGUGUCAUGUUGUAAAUCUGCAAUUUGUUCUGGUGAACUAAUAUGCUCUACUUAAACAAAAAUUUCAAGCAAAGUUACAAAUUGAACAUAUAUUUAUAUAUAUCAAGGCUACAAUCAUUUA